AUGGCUGGGAUAGUGCUGCGUAACCAGUUGCGUACACUCAAGUCCGUCGCUUGGGAAGAGACCGACUUCCUUCUCGCCGUCCAGCAUCAGCGCGACGCCGACGACUUCAGGCAGCGGAUCUCGGGCGAGAGCGAUUCGAUCGCUGCCGUGGUCCGACACCAUCUGCGCCUACGCGCCGACGACAGCUGCGUCGUUCUCCCUCCAGAAUCAUGGAUCCAGGGAGGGUUCAAUCUCUGCGUUCUUGUUGACGUUCAGUCCCGCCAGUCGUCCCGCCAGUCGUCCCGCCGUUUCGUGUUCCGCUGUCCGCUUCCCCACAAGCUCGCCGAGCACCGGCAUCCCGGUACUAUCGACGAGAAGGUCGCCUGCGAGGUGGCCACUUACUGCUGGAUGCAAGAACACUGCGCCGAUGUCCGGAUCCCACACCUUUACGCCUUUGGCUUCGCGGAUGGCUCCCGUUUUGUUCACAUUCAGCAGAGGCCGUGGUAUGUUCGCAUCCGCCACGGCCUACGGAAAUGGAUCUAUCGCCUGCUCGGCUAUCCCCUUCUCUCGAAUUACGUCCGGGAUACACGGACGCCGGCCGUCAACACUGCCUAUAUGCUCCUGGAGCACAUUGGGCCCGAGACCGGCAAGAUGCUCUCGACAACGUGGGCUCGGCAUCGCCUCGAUCCUAGCCGACAGGACCGUCUGUUUCGCGGCCUAGCACGCGUGAUGCUCUCGCUAGCUCGUCUCCCACAGCCACACAUUGGCUCUUUCCGAUUCAACGCGAGCGAUGGCACCGUUACCCUCACAAACCGACCGCUGACAUGUACCACGAUGAUCUUCGAAAACAGCGAGAUGCCAAGGAACAUCCAACCCUGCCAGGUAUACCGGAGCACCGAUACAUUCGCGUCGGAUAUGCUUACCCUGCACGAUAACUACCUCCUCCAUUACCGUCAUGCCGUUCGGAAUACCAAGGACGCCCAGGAGCGUAUAGCCAUCAGGACACUACUCCGGGCAGUUAUGCACCACUUCGUCCCCCCGGAUCACCGCCACGGACCGUUCCUCCUGCAACUCACCGACAUCCACCAGAGCAACAUUUUUGUGGACGAUGACUGGAACGUCACCUGCUUGCUCGACCUAGAGUGGAUCUGCGCGCUUCCGGCGCAAAUGCUGGCUGUUCCGCACUGGCUAACGGAUUGCGCUGUUGACGACAUCGUUGGCGCCGAGUAUGAGACUUUCGACCAGGUCCGGCGGAAAUUCUUGUCCGCAAUGGACCAAGAGAUCAAGACCAGCCGGCUGGCCCACGACGUUCCGAUCACGCGUACGAUGCAGGACUCGUGGUCCUCCAAAGCUGUAUGGUUCUGGCUUUGCAUCAUGUCUAUCAAUGGCUGGCUCUUUGUCUUCGAGGACCACAUCCUCCCCAAGUUCGGGGCCAGCAAAGACUUGGUUCCUGAGCUGAAACAAGUCUCGGCACUCUGGAUUGAAGACAUCGACGCGGUUGUUAAAAACAAAGUCGAGGAUGAGGCGAAGUAUCAGGAAGAACUCUGUUCUCUGUUUGCCAGCCAAGGAGCCCCUAAGGAUAGUCCAAGCACCCUGGCUGAGGACAACCAACCUCCGCAAGCAAUCCCGCUAUAG